AUGGGAACUUGCACAUCAACUGCAAGACAUCGACAGAAGCUGCCACAACAGUCGCAGCCUAAUCGACCAACAUCAAAGAGCUCAAUUGUAUUUGAUAUCGAUUCUCCUCCACCCUUACCACCAUUACCGUCAACUGCGUUUCCUAAUCAACAACAUCAACAAUCUCAAUCUCUAUUUACAGAUUUUGAUCUUUUAUCACCCUCAUUGAUAAAACCAAUCUUUCAUUCGACAGAUACACCCAGCUUGAUACAAUUCUAUUCGUCGUUUGCUCAUACCAACAGUAACGUUAACAAUAAUAAUUCGAAUACCAUCAAUAGAAUGUCUUCAUCUUCAUCUUCAUCGAUUACACAUAUUCCAGCACGACCGCCGGUUGCAAAAACUCGUUUACCCAUAUAUCAUGUUCCACAAGUAACCGCUCCAGCACCUAUACGACCGAAAGAGAUUACGUCAAUGAUUGCUCCAACAAAUCCCACAGGUUCCAUAAGACCAACAAUGUCAAUAACGAAUCGUCCACCACCACCAACUACGAUGCAAACUCGCUUUGGCUUUAUACCACGGCCAGCCGUGCCUUCAGGACAACAAGUUCGAACAUCAACAUUUGCAACACGUAGUCGAUCGAUUAGUCCAACAUCAACAGCUAGUGCAAACUCUUCAUCAUCUUCGCACGCUCCCCAGCAGCUAUCGAAAACGCAAACUCUAACAAAAACAACACCGACUCGAACGAAACCUUCUUCGUCGCCUACUGCAAACGAUACUCCGAAACAUAAACUCAUCGUAUCUUCACGGCCUCGGGAGGCUUCUGCAACAAGAAGCAUUGCUAGACCAACUUCUCACGUUUCGACAUCAGCUAAUCAAUUACGUUCGCGAACACCAUCACGAACUUCUACAACAUCUCUAACAUCGUCGGGUGCAUCGACAGUCCCCUCCCUGUCUAUUCCAACAUCCGUACAGCCAACAACAAUCAACAGCACUGCCAAAAAUGACGUUAGCGCAAUACGUGACCGUUACAGAGUACAACAACGCAUGAAUUUCUUUACACGCCGUACACCAGUAUCAACAGCAAAUGGCUCUCCUAUCGCUAGUUCAGUGAAAGCAACUGAACCUUUAAAUACCAAUAAAGAUAAGAAACAAUCAGUACCGCCAUCCAAACUUUCUCCAGCAAAUAAUUCUACCAAUGAUUCUAAAGCGGCCACACCUCCGCAAUCAACUUCAUCUCAGGGUAAUUCAAUGUAUACCAAAGGAUCAUCAUCGUCCAAUCAUCCUCCAUCUACGCAUCUGUCACAAAGUGGUAAACAUCGACAACGGGCUAUAAGCAUGCUAUCUUCAUCAUCUGCUAUCUCGAAUGUACUUAAUCAAGAUGCACUACUUGAAGAUGAUAAUUGUAGUCUGAAAUCGGAAGACCUAAUGUGCGAUUAUGAUGAUACAUUAACACUCGAUUCUCUUAGCAAAAAUUUAAGUGAACGAACAGAUUCAUGUUCAUCAACUUCAUUAACAAACGAACCAAAUAAAAAACAUUCUUCGGUCAUCUCAACCACUCCAACGAAACCAAAUAUUCUUGUAAAUCAAUCGAAAUCAAAAGAACAUCGAUCAUCCGCCCUCGUCAAUGGUUCGACAGCAAUGAAUGACAAAAUAAAUGGAAAUUUACGUGACACACUCGAUGAAUUAAAUCGAUUAAAUAAUCGACUAGAGAAUGGACUCGAUCAUGAAAAUAACCGGCGAAUACCAGCGCGUUCGUUUUCAUUAAAACCACCACCGAAUUAUUUGCCGCCACUCGAAGAUGCUGAGCAAAUAACCAUGGAUGUAGAAUCAUAUCGACAAGUAAUGAAAGAUGUUAUGGUUGUUAAAACAGUCCUCCAUCAACUUGAUCGAUUACUUAAACAUUCCGAUGGUGCCAAUAUGACGGAUUCGAUGAUGGGUUCCUUUCAUGAAUUUCACGAGUCAGUAUGUAAUUCGAGACGGUAUUCAUCAAGUACUGAAGGAACUAUCCGAAGUUCAAUCGACGAAAAUUCUUCAUACGAUGAUCUGCUAAAAGAGAUAAUAGCACUACGCAAAGAGAAGGAACAAGAUAAGCAAACAAUUAAAUUAUUACAAGAACAAAUGUACAAAUAUUCCAGUCAAACAAACAAUUGA